CAAAAAACAAAAAACAAAAUAAAUGUAUCUCUGUUUGGACAAGUGAUCAGGAACUAGCGGCAUAGUUCUCAGGCCAUGGCCAUUUCUUCUGCUCCAUUCAUCCCCCCGUUGUGUCAAGCGGAAUUCCGCAAAUGCCCCUUCCUCUCUUCGAAACCCCAGUUCCUCCCUCACCUCCUCCGCUUCAAGUCCCAACGAACUAUUCAUGCAAGUUCGGCUGUUACUCUAGAGUCGGGUUUAAAUACACAGAAUGAGCAGGAAAUACAAGUUGAUGUCUUCUCUUGUCCAAUAUGCUUUGAGCCCCUGAAACGGAAAGGUCCUCCUGGCCUUAAGAUAUCAGCAAUCUACAGGUCUGCAUUUAAGUGUAAGGGAUGCAAUAAAUUCUACUCUAGCAAGGACACGUAUUUAGAUCUAACUGUGACUUCUGGCUUGAGAGAUUACUCUGAAGUUCAACCAGCUCGAACAGAGCUUUUCAGGAGCCCACUUGUUUCAUUCUUAUAUGAGAGAGGUUGGCGUCAGAACUUCAGGCAAAGUGGCUUUCCUGGUCCAGAUGAAGAGUUCAGAGUGGCCCAAGAGUACUUUGAAUCUUCCAAAGGUGGUCUGCUUGUCGAUGUCAGCUGUGGUAGUGGUUUAUUUUCCCGAAAGUUUGCUAAAUCUGGAAGUUAUUCUGGAGUCGUUGCACUAGAUUUUUCAGAGAAUAUGCUUCGCCAGUGUUAUGAUUUCAUUAAGAAAUAUUGCUCUAGUAAGGGCCGAUGUUUCUAGGCUUCCGUUCCCUUCAGGUUCAGUUGAUGCUGUUCAUGCUGGUGCAGCCUUGCACUGUUGGCCAUCUCCCUCCAAUGCUAUUGCUGAAAUCACCCGGAUACUAAGAAGUGGUGGAAAAUUUGUGGGGACCACUUUUCUGCGUUACACUUCAUCAACUCCCUGGAUUAUACGCCCUUUUAGAGAGAGGAGUCCUCAAGGCUAUAGCUAUUUGACAGAGGAGGAGAUCGAGGACCUUUGCACAUCAACUGGUCUUACAAAUUAUUCAAGCAAAACUCAACAAUCUUAUAUUAUGUUUACUGCUGAAAAGCCUUGAUAAUAUUAGGCUUAGUCUAUUUAUAAUACUUACUCUAUUUUAUCAUAAUUCUGUGUGAUUUUGUUGUAUUACUAGUUUAAUAAACAUAGCUGAAAACAUCAAUACAAUUAAUCAAUCUAGACUUGAAAAAACAGAAAAAAAAAAGAAACAAAAAUU